UUGUCUGUCUUGGUUGCUGCUUAUGAAGUGGUCGGAGUUCAGUCAGUUAGGCAAGGCAGGCAACGUGAAUAUUUCUGUGAAAAAUUAAUUAUUUCGUCGAAAAUGUUAUACAUUUAAUUUUAUCUCAACACCAAAAACUACAAAAAAAUUUAAUACAUACCAAAGAAUAUUAUGGUAUCAGACAAGAUGCAGUCGUCACUAGACGAUUUGGUGCAAUACACACAAUUGUUCAAGCCGGUGGCGUUUAUUCUGCAAGGAACUAUACUUCCUUUCGUAAUAAUUUACCCCGUGAUAUUUUAUUCGUGGAUAGUAGUGUACGGAUUCGAAGAGUAUGUUGAAGCGGGUUUCGUCACCGUUGUUGUAGUUGCUCUCAUACAAAUUCUCGUUUGCCUGUGCUGUUACUGGAGUGUUCACAUUCAGUGUUUUCUGUGCUGUUCAGCAGUUAAAGAUCCAAUACAAGCUGAAGCUGUUAAAGUGGUUCCAACAUCCAAUAAUGGGUUUUCUGAAUUGGUCACGCUUCAUCAUACUAAGUCCACCAAGAAGGGUAAUCUAAAUCCAGAUGUGUGGUUUAUAUUCCAAAAGAGUAAAUAUGUGUAUGAUUGGGAUAAAAAAACCUUCCGUACAGUUGAGUUUCCUGUCAACAAAACAUAUGAAGAAUACAUGGAGUCUAAAGGUUAUUCCGAUGAUGAAGCAAUUGAUGUGGCGGAGAAAGAGUUUGGAAAAAAUGAGAUGAUUAUGGUUGUCCCUGAAUUCAUGGAGCUAUUCAAAGAAAGGGCGACAGCACCAUUCUUUGUGUUUCAAGUAUUUUGUGUUGCUUUGUGGUGCCUUGACAAGUAUUGGUAUUACUCUAUAUUUACAUUGGUCAUGCUGGUCAUGUUUGAAUGCACACUGGUACAGCAGCAAAUGAGAAACAUGGCAGAAAUUAGAAAAAUGGGUAACAAGCCUUACAAUAUCAAUGUUUACAGAAAUAGGAGAUGGCGUCAAAUAAUGAGCGAUCAGCUUCUACCAGGUGAUAUUGUGUCUUUGACCCGCUCAGUCAAUGAGAAUUUAGUUCCAUGUGAUAUUUUGCUUCUAAGAGGGUCCUGUAUUGUUGAUGAGUCCAUGCUGACUGGCGAAAGUGUACCUCAGAUGAAAGAAUCCUUAGAAAAUGAGAAAAAUCUAACGCAGAACCUUUAUCCUGAGGCUGACGGCAAGUUACACAUGUUAUUUGGUGGUACAAAAAUUGUUCAACAUACAUCUCCAAUUAAAGCCGCGUCGUCCGGCCUCAAGGCACCGGAUAAUGGUUGCAUUGGUUAUGUAAUUCGCAAUGGCUUCAAUACGUCUCAAGGGAAAUUAUUGAGGACAAUCCUAUUUGGAGUCAAAAGGGUCACUGCCAACAAUCUUGAGACAUUUGGUUUUAUUUUAUUCUUGUUGAUUUUCGCCAUUGCUGCUGCCGCCUAUGUUUGGAUAAAAGGUUGCGAGGAUCCCGAGAGGAAUAGAUAUAAGCUAUUUUUAGAAUGCACUUUAAUUCUGACAUCAGUUGUGCCUCCAGAACUACCUAUCGAAUUGUCAUUGGCUGUAAACACUUCCUUAUUAUCACUAUCAAAAUUGGCAGUGUUUUGUACUGAACCAUUUAGAAUACCAUUUGCGGGGAAAGUGGAGAUAUGUUGCUUUGAUAAGACUGGAACUCUCACAAGUGAUAAUUUAGUGGUGGAGGGUGUUGCUGGUAUAGGAGAUCACAAAGAUGCUACUGUCAUUCCACUGUCUGAUGCUCCUAUGGAGACUAUUCAAGUAUUAGCUUCAUGUCAUUCCUUAGUUCAACUAGAUGAUGGUGUGGUAGGCGACCCUUUAGAAAAGGCUACACUAAAGGCAGCUGAAUGGAACCUAACUAAAGGAGAUGCUGUGGUGCCGAAGAAGGGCAAGUCACCUGGUUUGAAAAUUAUACAUAGGAACCAUUUUUCAAGUGCGCUUAAAAGAAUGUCUGUCAUUGCGGGCUAUCAGAUCAAUGAGCGAGGAUUUAUGGAAACACAUUACAUCAGUAGUGUUAAAGGUGCGCCAGAGACCAUCAAAACAAUGUUAAAAGAAGUUCCUAGUCACUACGACCACGUGUAUUUAACUUUGUCUCGAAGGGGCGCGAGGGUGCUCGCCUUAGGAUACAGGAAUUUAGGUAAAUUGAAUUCUCAAGACAUAAGAGAUUUAUCAAGAGAAGACGUAGAGUCAGACUUGACGUUUGUUGGGUUUGUGAUUAUAUCUUGUCCAUUAAAAAGUGAUUCCAAGAAAGCUAUUGCAGAAAUAGUUAAUGCAUCACAUUCCGUUGUAAUGAUAACUGGGGAUAAUCCUUUGACGGCUUGUCACGUGGCUAAAGAGUUGAAGUUUACUCAGAAAAGUGAAUUACUUAUAUUAACAUGUGAUGAAGAUAAAUGGUGUUGGAAAUCUAUUGAUGAGGAAAUGAAUCUACCUGUGCAGCCUUUCAAGACGUCAAAACAAUUGACUUCCAAGUUUGAUCUGUGUAUAACGGGGGAAGGUUUGACAUACCUGAAUGAAUGUCAUCGUAAAUUUUUAAUAGAACUGAUGCCUCAUAUCAAAGUUUUUGCAAGAUUUGCACCAAAACAGAAAGAGUUUGUAAUAGUUACUCUGAAGUCUCUCGGAUACACCACUCUUAUGUGCGGAGAUGGUACAAAUGAUGUUGGCGCUUUGAAACACGCAGACGUUGGUGUGGCGAUUUUGGCGAACGCGCCGGAGCGUCCGAAAGAGAAGCCGCGGGACACGCCCGAGGUGGAACUCCCGCGGAGGCCGGGACCGCGGGACCCGCGCGCCGAGGCCCGCGCCGAGGCCGCCGCGAGGCUGAGGCGCGCUAUGAAGAAACUGGAGGAGGAAGACCAGCAGCAAAUCGUUAGGUUGGGCGACGCGAGCGUUGCUGCGCCAUUCACUAGCCGUCUGUCCAGUAUUCUUUGCAUUUGCCACAUAAUCAAACAGGGCCGCUGUACACUGGUCACAACUCUCCAGAUGUUCAAGAUCUUGGCUCUGAACGCCCUGAUCUUGGCGUACAGCCAGUCGGUGCUUUACCUCGACGGCAUCAAGUUUAGUGAUACGCAGGCUACGUUGCAGAGCUUACUCCUUGCGUCAUGUUUCUUGUUCAUAUCGAGAUCUAAGCCACUAAAACAACUGUCAAAACAGCGCCCUCUGCCGAACAUCUUCAACGUAUACACGAUAAUGACGGUGCUGACUCAGUUUGCUGUGCACUUUGUGUGCCUCAUUUAUCUGGUGCACGAAGCCACAGAGCGCUCUCCUGGCAGAGACACGAAGCCGAAGCUAGACAUGGACCUGGCGGAGGAUGAGGAGCGUCAGUUCGCGCCCGACCUCCUCAACAGCACCGUGUACAUCAUCUCCAUGGCGCUGCAGAUUUCCACCUUCGCUAUCAAUUACAGGGGCCAGCCGUUCAUGGAGGGCCUGCGCGCCAACAAGCCGCUGCUGUACAGCGUGGUGGUGUCGGGCGGCUGCGUGCUGGCGCUGGCGGCCGGCCUGCUGCCUGAACUCAACCACAUGUUCGAAAUCGUGCACUUCCCGCCCUCUUACCGUGUAAUAUUAGUGCAAGUGCUUAUAGCAGAUAUGUUGUUUGCAUACCUCAUGGACAGACUCUGCCUGUGGCUGUUCGGUGAAGGCUCACUGCACACAUAAUGGACCAAUUGACAUCACGCGCGACUUGACUGCAGAUCGAAAUGUUAGAUUUAUUUAUUACCCACUAAUUUAAUGUGGCCCAAAAAGCUGCGCGGCAAUAGAAUCUACUCAUAAAAAAAUAGGAAAAACUAAAAAUAAUCAGUAAAUAAUCAGCACCAUUUAAAAAAAUUGAAUUUUCCGCGCGGCUUACUAAGAUAAAAAAUAUAACAUUUUUUUAUGCGCAAUGUUAUGUGCAAUAAGAAAUCUAAUAUAAUGAAAAUUCAUAUGUGUUAACCCUACAUUCCAAAUAUCAGUAAUUCACAACGGCGGCAUUGUAUGAAGACUGCCAGUUCCAAAAACAGUAAUAUUUUUAUAGCUAUAAAACCGUGUCAUGAUCCAUGCAUAAUCACAAUCGUAUGGAGUAGAAAUACUUAAAUUAUAAAAACUAUGUACAAGCAGUAUUUACUUUAAUUAAUAAAAACUUAAAAGUAGAUUGAGAGGGAAGAAAUGAUUUUUGUAUCUUGGCUGCAUUCAACUCGUGCGUGCAAAUUUUCUCUGUUAUAGAAAAUAUAUUUUUAUGUAAAUAUUGUAACGUUAUCUUAUUCCCGUGGGUUCGUGAAAGGGACAUUUUGUAACUGCUCAAAUACGUGCAUUUAAGUAUGGAUGUGUUAAUAUUUAUAUGUAUUAAAUGUGUACUAAUUUCAAA